GUGUGUAUCUAUUCCUUCUUGUUUUUGCUUCUGGAGAGCAGGCAAAGCACUAUCGAUCCGCUCGAUCGAGGAACGGAGGAAAAGGUGCAAGAUAUAAUGAAACUUAAAGUGGAUCAUGUGAUAAAGUGAUAACGCAAGGGUGGUAGAAGUGUUUAAGCAAUUCGUUAAAUAAAUAAUAAAAUCACCAACGGCCAGUUGUAAAGCGCACGCACGGUCCUAUGGUCGUCGUGGAGUGACGAAAUAGUAACGGUAAAACGUGUUUCUUUUUUUUUUCGUUGGCAUCCAACUGGUCAAAUAAGAUAAGUGCCCAAGGCGCGUCUUGGCAGGGUUCGUUGUGCCGAAGCGUAGCUGGAAAAGAAUUUGGAUAAGAUAAAAAAAGUUCACACACACACACACACACAUACGCAAGCUCAACGGAGCGGAUAAACAACAUUUCCCAGCCCGAACGUGAACGUUGUGUUGUGUGCCAAAAUGUUCAACUUCAUGAAGAAGGGUGUGGUUGGUGUGGGGAGCAGUAAUAACAAUAACAACAACAACAACAACACCAGCGGGAGUGGUGGAGGAAGUGGCGGCAGCGGAACCGGCCUAUCCGCCGGCGGAGGUCCGCUAUCGAUGAUCAGCGGUUUGUCCGGUGGCGAGGAUCGGGACGACAAGGAUCGCCGGAAGAAGGAGAAAAAGCUCCGCAAGGAGGGAAAACAGUUGCUGCUCGGGGUCGGGGGUGGAGGUGGUGGGAAUUCCGGCUCCGGAAGUAUGAGUGCGGAGGAGUUGCUGCGGCUGGAUGAGGUUCGUCGUUCGCUGAAAAUUCGUGGCCGGCGGAAAGAGAAGGAAAAGCUCCCGAGUGGGAUUACCGCGGACUACAGUGCGUCAUUUUUCGCCCAGCUGGAUGUGGAUCACCGGGAGCUGGACCGUGGUACCGAGGAAGUGCUGGCCGUCGCAAACACGACGACCUACAUCGAUCGCAAUGGCGAAAUGGUGGAGCGCGUAUCGUUUAGCAGCACCACAACGACCCACCAACCCACGUCACCGUCUUCGUACGGCGAUGGCCACUCGAUGGAUGGGGCGAUGGGUUCCCAGCAGUAUGCGCACCAGCAUCAGCAGCAACAUACGCCCGGUGGCAGUAAGACCCUGCCGCCCAUUCCACCGCGACCACCGAAGCGGGGCAUUCUGAAGGGAUCGCGAACGAACUUAGCGUCCGAUUCGGUCAUUUCGUCACCCUCCGGUCAAACGCUGCACGCGUCAACGACGACCACGACGGUGGGUGGAUCGACAUCGGCGGCCGCCAUGUUGCAGCUGCUCGCCUCGCCGUCCCCCAGUGCGGACAGUCUCACCGACACGACGACAACGACGACAAACUCGUCCUUCGCUACGCCACCGUUUUCGCUCAGCCCGGUUGGCGAGUCGCAAGGGUACGAGGGGCGCAUCGGGCGCGUCCAUCCCUUCGACGAGCGGGUCACGUCGAACCAUAGCGUGAUUCUGUCGCUUCCUCCGAUCCACAUUCAUGCGCUUCCACCGCCCCGAGAGCUGGUGAUCCAGCGACAGAAGAGUCCCCGGAAUGACUUUGGCUUCAGUCUCCGGAAAGCGUUCGUGCUCGACCGAUCACCACCGACGGCGCCAGCCAGUGCGUUCCUACAGGCACCGAAGGGUGCCGCUGGUGCGCAGAUGAAAGCAAUCAUAUUCGCCGAGCCAAGCUCGACGGGGGCAGUCCGGACGGGAUUGCUACCCGGUGAUCGGUUGUUGAAGGUGAACGGACAACCGGUGGAAGACUUGAGCCGUGAGACGAUCAUCGAGAUGAUACGAAAUAGUGGCGAUUCGGUGACGGUUCAGGUGCAACCGAUCGCGGAAUUGAUCGAACUGUCUCGUCGGUGUGUUUCGGCGGUGGGUCCGGCCAACCCGAGCGGUGUCACCGAUCGCGAUGAUUGCAACACGCUGAAGCGCAGCGCAAGCAAGCGAUUCCACAAGCAACAACAUCACGCGCACCAGCAGACGACGAAUGGGGAUCCGUCGGGUAAUGCCCUGGCCCCUGUGUUUGACGCAACGAACGGUAACCGGGGGCGUGUGUGGUUGAUCCAUCGGGGUGGGUUUACGGCGGCGUUCAAGCAACAACCUUCCCCCUCGACCGUACCGAUGCCUUCGCAUCAUCAUCAGGCGCCGGGUAAAAUCUGGAUCCGACUGGAAGCAUCCGGCGAGGAGCUGCUGAUCGACGAGGACGAUCUGGAGGUGACCAAUCCGGGCUCGUUCGAUCUCGUGGAAGACAUCUGCCAGCUGCCGCACCUGAACGAAUCGUCCGUGUUGCACGUCCUGCGGCAGCGGUACGCCAACAAUCUGAUCCACACACGCGCUGGCCCCGUCCUGCUCGUUGUCAACCCGAUGGCUCCGUUGGCGCUCUACUCGGAGAAGGUGGCCUCGAUGUUCCGCGGUUGCAAGGCGGAAGAUGAUAUGCCACCACACAUCUUCUCCCAGGCGCAAACGGCCUACCGAGCGAUGCUGGAAACGCGCCGCGACCAAAGCCUUAUCUUCAUGGGCCGUUCGGGAGCGGGCAAAACGACCAGCUUCAAACACGCACUGUACUAUCUGACGCUUGCGGCGGGAAGUAGCAAGGAUUCGUCCGCUUCGUCCGCCGUCCGUGCCCUUACGGUGGAGAAAGUAAGCGCGAUCGGAACGAUCAUGGAUGCGUUCGGUAACGAACGGUCGGUGCUGAACGGAAAUGCGACCAAGUUUACCCAAAUUUUCGCCCUCGACUUUGACCACGGGGGGCAAAUUGUAUCCGGUUCGAUACAAGUGAUGCCUAUCGAUCGGAUGCGCCCGGUUGGUGGAGGAUCCACGCAUCCCGGGCGAAACCCGAACGGCGGACCUCGGUGGAGUUUUCUGGCCGGUGUCGAUGGUGGAGCACUGCGGAAAGAGCUACUGCUGGAGCCACUCUCGGGAACGUCGGCGGCUCUUGGCAGUGGAACGAACAUCGAGCAGGAAUCGAUCGACUAUCAACGGUUGUGUCAGGCGUUCCGAGUGCUCAAUAUCGACCCAGCCGCCAUCAAGGGGAUCUGGUAUGUGUUGGCGGCCAUCCAUCAUCUCUCCCAGUCCGGUGUGGUGACGGUGGCGGGUCGGGUGCAGUUCGUAAAUCCGCGUGCCGCACAGAAAGCAGCUACGCUACUCGGGGUACCGAUGGAGGAUUUACUGUCCUACGUGUUUCCAGAGGCUGGAUCGGGUGCAGGCACGAAGGCAAGUCCCACGACGGCCGCCGUUGUGGAAGGUUUGAAUGCUUUCACCGAAGCCCUCUACACGGAACUGUUCUACACGAUCGUGGGGUUGAUAAACAAGUCCAUUACGGCCGUUACGCCGCAUCAGACGAUCGGCUCGGUGCUGCUGGUGGAUGUGCCCGGGUUCCAGAACAUCGCAAGCGUUGGAGGCAGUAGUGCUAGUACGCUGGCGGACCUUCGCUUUAACUAUCUGCACGAACGAUUGCAGUUACUGUUCCACAAUGCGAUGCUUGUGCAGCCAAGGGCCCGGUACGCGCAGGAAAUGGUGACGGUGGAGGAUCCGUUAGCUCUGACGGCCGAUGGUGGUAAUGCAGCAGCAGCAGGCGGUGGUAUCUGCAGCCCAGCGGCCAUGGUGGCUUUGUUGGAUAAAGUUCCACAAAGCCACGAACCGAGGAAGGGUUUGCUUUGGAUGCUCGACGAGGAGCAGCUGGGUGGUGAUGAUCGGGAUGCUCGUUUCUUGGAACGCCUGUUCGCUGCGUACGGGGAUCGGGAAAGCCGGGAAACGCUGUUGCUGCGUGCAAGUGUUCCGACCGGCUCGUGUGACGUCGUACUGCAGCACCUGCUUGGGACCAACCCGGUGCUAUACUCGGUUACCAGCUGGCUGAAGGAAGCUGCCGCACAGGCACACUAUCUUCCGCAGCGUGCCCUGAACUGUUUGCGUGACAGCGUGAAGCCGGAAAUCAAUGGAUUGUUCGUCGGCACGCUCGGUGGCGGUGCGAUGAUGGAUUCGUUUGCGUUCGGCGGUGUCGGGGGAAGCGGUGGCGGUGGCUCAUCCUCGCAGCAGUCCCUGCGGCGUAUGAGCAGCAUCCGGCGGACGUACGCCGGUGCCGGUGGGUUCCCCAAGCGGAACAGUGUCGUCGUGCAGGUGAAAUACACGGUGGACUGUCUGAUCGAUACGCUUCGGCGCACCGGUAUGCACUACGUUUAUUGCUACCUUCCGCAACAUAACGGCGGCACGGCGAUGGCCACCGGUGGUGUGCCCGUGCUCGAGCAACAGGCGCGACAUGACAACGGUGCCAGAGAGCAGGAGGACCUCAUCAACAUUCCAUUGCUACGAAGUCAACUUCGUGGCUCCCAGAUGCUCGACUUUGCGCGAUUGUAUCGAUUGGGUUUCCCAAUCAGUGUGCCCUUGUCGGAGUUUGUAAUUCGUUUCGGACUGCUUGCCGAAGCCGGUACGAGCGGAGGAGCGGCGACCGUUGAUAGUAUUCUUAGCAACUGCGAGGUGGACCCGUCCGUGUAUCGCAUCGGAACGACUCAGGUUUUCUUCCGUUCCGGUGUGCUGGGCGCACUGGAGGCGAAACGUGACGACCUACUGUCCGACCGGGUCAUCCAGCUGCAGGCCCACUGCCGGGGCUAUCUGGCCCGGAGGCGGUUGGCCCGGCGGCGGCUGCAGGAGCUGGCGGUUCGCUGCAUCCAGCGGAACGUGCGCGCCUUCCUGAAGGUACGCGACUGGCCCUGGUGGCGCCUACUGGUACGGGUGAUGCCGCUGCUCGCCGUCCACCGCACCGAGGAGCAGCUGAAGGCGGCCACGGCCGAGCUGCAGCAGGUUCGCGCCAAGCUGGAGAAGAUCGAAGCCGAGCGGAACGAGCUGAAGGCGACCAACCACAAGCUGGAAGCGCGGUUGAGCGACGUAACUUCGGAGUUGACGGAGGAACACUCGUCCUCGAACCUAAUCACCGAGCGGCUGGCGACGGAAACAUCCGAACGGUUGCGGCUCGAGAAGGAGGUGAAGGAGUACGAGUCGAAAUACCGCAACCUGCAGGAGUCGUCGGAGAAGAUGGAGAUGGAGCUGCUGUGCGCCAAGUCCGAGCUGAACUGUGACUUUGACGAUUGCAGCACCAUCGGCGAUUACGACGGGGAUGGUAGCGCCGACGGGCGUGACCUGAUGGGCGGCGUCGACGGAGAGGUAGCGAAGAGCUACCGGCUUCGGUACGAGCGCGUCGCGAGGGAGUUGGAGUUUACCAAAAAGCGCCUGCAAACGCAGCACGAGCACGACCUGGAGCAGCUGGUGGGCCUGAAGAAGCAGCUGGAGAAGAAGCUGGCCGACGCGUACGAGGAGGUGGAGGAGCAGCGCCAGGUGGUGGCCCAGUGGAAGCGCAAGGCACAGAAGAUGACGAACGAGAUGAACGAUUUGCGGAUGCUGUACGAGGAGCAGAACAGCCGGAACAAUCUGCUGGAGAAGCGGCAGCGCAAGUUCGACGCCGAGUGUCAGACGCUGCAGGACACGGCCCGGCAGGAGCGGCAGGCGAAGGAGCGGUUGACGCGCGAGAAGGAUGUGCUGAUGGCGGAGAAGUGCAAGCUGGAGCAAACCGUGUCGGAUGUGCGGCUCGAGCUGGAGCUGAAGGAGGAGAAGAACAAUGUGCUGCAGCGCGAGCUGGACGAGAUGGCGUUCGGUGGCGGUACGGAGGAGGAGAUUGCCCAGCUGAAGCGUCAGAAGAUGGAGCUUGAUCGGCGCUGCAAGGAGCAGGACGAAGAGCUGGACGAAAUGGCCGGCCAGAUACAGCUGCUCGAGCAGGCCAAGUUGCGCCUGGAGAUGUCGCUGGAGACGAUCCGGAAGGAGGCUCGUAAGGAGGCACAGCAGCGUGACGACGAGAUGGAGGAGAUCCGUGGUGCGUCGUACAAAAAGAUAAAGUCGCUCGAGUGUCAGCUGGAGCAGGAGCACGAAGAGCGCACGCAGCUGUUGCGAGAUAAGCACGAGCUGGAACGACGGCUGAACAGCAUCGAGGAUCAGGAUCGGGCCGAGCGGGCGGCGGAGGAAGCGAUGGUGCAGCGGUUGAAACGGGAUGCCCGGAAAUACCGGGCCCUUCUUCGUGACGCUCAGAGCCAACUGGAGCGUGCGAAGGGUGAUUCGGCAAGCAAGGCACUGGUGCGGCAGCUGCGGAACCAACUCGAGGAUGCUGAGUCUGCGCGAACGGUGGCCGUCAAGGCACGUCAGGUGCUCGAGGGUGAACUACAAGAUGCCCAGAUGCUGAUCGAGGAAAUGAUACGCGGCCGCAACGAAGCCGAGGAAAAGGCAACGUCCGCUCAGCGCGAUCGCACCGAACUGCAGGCCCAGAUCGACGAGAAUGAGGAGGAGCUGGCGGAGCUAAUGAAGAAGUAUAGCUCCACCGUGAAGCAGCUAAGCAGCGAGCAAUCCCUCAUCGCCGAAUACGAGCUGCGGCUGUCCGAGCUGGAGGGUGAGAAGAAAUCCCUCAAGGAGCAGGUGGUCGAGCUGGCCGCACGUCUCGAGAACGUGGAGACGAUCGGCGACUCGUCGAACAGCAUGCAGUUCAAGCGGUUGGAGCUGCGAACCAAAGAGCUAGAGUCGAGGCUCGAGUUCGAGCAGGCAACGCGGGCACGCAUCGAGAUCCAGCUGACCCGGCACAAGGAUUCGCUCGAGAAGCUCCAGGGCGAACUGAGCCAGGCACGCAACCGUGAGUCACAGGCGCAAGACUCGCUGAAGAAGGCCCAGAAGACGAUACGCGAGCUGCGCGAUGAGCUUUCGUCGCUGGCCAACCGGGACCAGGAGAACCUCGCCAAGCGCAAGGAUUUGGAGAAACGCAUCGAAACGGCCGAACAGGAGACGGCUUCGGCUCGGGCGGAUCUACGGCUUGCGCUGCAACGGAUAGCCGACCUGCAGCAGGCGAUGGAAGAGGAGGGCGAUUCAUACCAAUCGGAUAGCGAUACUAGCGAUAGUUCGUCGUCGAUGGAUUCGUUCCACGAGUCGACUGUAACACGCAAAUCACCGAGCGUCGGAAGUGGGGACCAUUUCAGUGUGACCACCAACGGUAGCGUCAGCAGUAGCCGAGGGGGAAGCACGAGUCUGGUCGGUGGAACGCGAGACGGUCGCAAGGAAAGCAAUAAUCCAAGAAUCACCCUCACGAUGGCGACGGGCUCCUCCGAGAACCAUCCAACAACGGCAUCCACAUCGCCAACGGCAGCAUCUUCACCAGGGACGACGACGACGACGAGGCUCAGCAACGGGAACGAUGGAACGUUGAACGAUUCUUCUUUUGCUUGAAAGUCUGCCAGCUCGUUUCCCUAGCUCAGCACCGUUCGUCACCUCCUUUUUGCCAUAUUCUAAACAACAAAACAAAAUACCAAUCGCAAAACACAAUCGGUUCCGAAGCCUCGUCGGCGACCGAUACAGGCGCAUGUCUCAGCAUCGAGAACCAGUAUCAUCUGAAAAUGUUUUACCGAACCAAACCAAAUUCACAGCGUGGUGUCUCCUAUAUAAUCGACAAAACAAAUGGUUUGCAGCGAGCAGCCAGCCACACUCUUACAAAAAUCAAUUGUGUCUAUACGCGUACAUAUUUAUACAUAUUUCUUAUACAUAUACUUACCCAUUAUGCUUAUGAUACGAUAUAUGAUAAACAAAUCGAUAAAAUGUCCGUAUUUAUUCACAUACUUUUGUGCAAACAACCUACCACUCCUAGGGGCGCGCGGUCAGAAUUGCGGACGGAAGUGGCCUCCUUUGCACAUUCGAAAAUCGAAUUUUCGCUUCAAGAAUAUGUCGAUCAUAGAAGCGCGUUAACACACUUUUCCAACCACGUGAAUCCAAGUAGGUUUUUCUUCGGUUUUUACCGUUCUCUUCCACCACCAUCAGCAUAUCGUAGGUAGAUUUUGUUUUAUUUCGUUUUUAAAUUGUAUUUAUGUGUUUUUUUAUAUAUAUAAACAUACAUACACACACUUACGUGUUUUGUGUUAUCAUAUGUAGGGUUAGAGCGUGCGUGGCUCAAUAUGUUGAUUAGCUACAACGGUAACGACUAUAGGUAUAUGAGAAUAGAAGAAUGAUCGCAGGUUUAAAAUAAAGAGGAGAUUAAACGAAACAAAACAAAACUGAAUCGAACAAAUUUUAACGCUAAAUACAGUGCGAAAUGAAUCGGUGCCCCCCCACUGGAAGAGGAUUAGUAGUUGAUGUGUGUAUCGUCUCGAGGAUUACAAGUGUACACGUGUCUUAAUUGUUGUCGCACUACUUACUUAAAAACGCUCUAGGUUAAAUAUGUUUCCCUUUGUUUCACCGGAGACCGGAAGAAGCCGGCUUCCGGUGUUCAAAUCUUUUAGCUUUCCAUCCUUCCUCUCCCACUCUCUCACUCCCCCUCUUGGAAGCCCGUCAGACGGUUGAUAGGAAUUGCGUUGGAGGAGAGGAAUUAUCAUAGCCCACGAUAGUCGCGUUAUUAUCCUGUUCCGUGCUAGACCGACAUAAUGACAUACUAUUUAAUAUUAAACAAGGAGGCACAUUUAAGCAAAUCAAAUAAUGAACAUGCAAAUGAUAGAGAUGAGCGAGAAUUGAUCAGGACGUUUACAAUAAUGAUAUAAAAACACCUACCUUCGAUACCGAUUUACCUUAGAAUUCAAAUGAUAAAACACCAUAUACUGACGAAUUAUAAACGUACUCUUACCCCACCACCUACCACCAUCGUUUGCUCCGCAAUCUUCCCUACCCUCAUGCCCUAUGCCCCCCCGUUUGUUUCCUUCCCGCCUUCCUUUCUAAGCUAUUCCGCGCUCCUUUAGCCAAUCGUAGUCAACAAAAAA